AUGCAACUCGCACGCUUCAACGAGUUUCUUCAAGUCAUUCCCAAUCGAACUGAAAAAAUUAUUCAUUGUGCAAAUUCGGAUGCAACUCUGUAUCAACCCGAGAAACCAUACUUUAACAUGGUCCGAUGUGGAAAAGCGUUGACUGGUCCCCAAGAUGAAUCGUUAAAACAUUUACUUCCCUUCACUCUUCGAACCGCUAUGUCAGUUCACUCGACAUUAGAUCUCGUCAAAUUACUGAAUGCUACGGAAAAGAUUGGUUAUAGUGGCACGUAUACAACAACAGAACCUGAGUGGAUCGGUACUGUACCGAUAGGAUAUGCUGACGGAUGGCAUCAAAAUUUCAAAGGUACUGGUGUUCUUGUCGAAGGAAAACGAUUAUCUAUCGUCGGACGUAUCUCUAUGGAUCAACUUAUGAUUGGUCUUGAUCGACCAUAUCCAAUCGGAACUCGCGUAACUUUUGUCGGACAACAAGGCAACGAUACGAUUACUGUGGAUGAUGUUGCUCAGUACGCAAACAUACCAAUGUUGGAGGUAUCUUGUUCCUUCACGAAUCGUAUACCACGUAUAUACAAACAAAGUGUAUCGACCACGAAUGGUGCAAACAUUUUCUUCGAGCCUUUGAAUCUGCUUGGAACGGUACUUUGUCUUUAUUUUAUACAUCAAUGGUGA